UAAAACGAGUAGCAUGUGCGUGCACACGACAUCGAAAAAAUACACGUAGCAAAUUGUCACACAUUGAAUCCUCGGUACGCACGUUGUCAAGCAGCAAUUGCGAUUCAUCUUCAUCGAACGUCAAGAAAUUGUCACUUUUUAAAGGAAAUUUUCCUGUAUUCUCUGUCAAGAUCAACAUUUCUCGAGAGCUGGUUAAUUGGUAACAUUAUAGGUUGUUCAUAGUAUUGCACUUCAUCAUGAAGAAGGCAUUUUACAUCCUGUGUUUUGUGGUGUUCACCCUCAACGCACUCUCCAUGGUGAGGGCCGAUGAGGAGGAGGAAGAAGAUGACGACAAGGAUAAAGUGGGCACAGUAGUCGGCAUUGAUCUGGGAACAACAUACUCCUGCGUUGGAAUCUUUAAGAACGGCAGAGUGGAAAUCAUUGCCAACGACCAGGGCAAUCGUAUCACGCCGUCUUACGUGGCCUUCACCGCCGAGGGCGAACGUCUCAUCGGUGACGCCGCCAAGAACCAGCUGACCAGCAACCCAGAAAACACCGUCUUUGAUGCCAAGCGACUGAUCGGACGCACAUGGGAGGACAAAUCAGUGCAAAGUGAUAUCAAAUACUUCCCUUUCACGGUCAAGAACAAGAGCAACAAGCCGCACAUCGAAGUCCUUGUGAAUGACCAGAAGAAACUAUUCGCUGCUGAGGAAAUCAGUGCCAUGGUCCUCUCCAAGAUGAAAGAAACAGCUGAGGCCUACCUUGGCAAGACGAUUGGCAAUGCCGUAGUAACCGUCCCUGCCUACUUCAACGAUGCCCAGCGCCAGGCCACCAAGGAUGCGGGGGUUAUUGCCGGCCUGAACGUCAUGAGAAUCAUAAACGAGCCGACUGCGGCUGCCAUUGCCUACGGCUUGGACAAACGCGAAGGGGAGAAGAACAUCUUGGUCUUUGAUCUCGGCGGUGGAACUUUCGAUGUCUCAAUCUUGACCAUCGACAAUGGAGUCUUCGAAGUCGUGGCAACAAACGGUGACACUCAUCUUGGCGGUGAGGACUUUGACCAGCGCGUCAUGGAGCAUUUCAUCAAGAUGUACAAGAAGAAGAAGGGCAAGGAUGUACGCAAGGACAACCGUGCCGUCCAGAAACUCCGCAGGGAGGUGGAGAAGGCCAAGAGAGCCCUCAGCUCCCAGCACCAGGCCCGUGUGGAGAUCGAGUCAUUCUUUGAAGGCGAGGACUUCUCUGAGACGCUCACAAGGGCCAAAUUCGAGGAAUUGAACAAUGAUCUCUUCAAAUCCACCCUGAAGCCCGUUAAACAAGUCCUAGACGACUCUGGACUGAAGAAGAUUGAGAUUCACGAGAUUGUUCUUGUCGGUGGCUCCACACGAAUCCCCAAGGUGCAGUCUCUGGUGAAGGAUUUCUUCAACGGGAAGGAGCCGUCCCGAGGCAUCAACCCUGACGAGGCUGUGGCCUAUGGCGCAGCUGUGCAAGCUGGAGUGUUGAGUGGAGAUGAAGACACAGGUGAGCUGGUUCUCCUCGAUGUCAACCCCCUGACCCUGGGUAUUGAGACUGUCGGAGGUGUCAUGACCAAACUGAUCACCAGAAACUCGGUUGUGCCAACAAAGAAAUCACAGAUCUUCUCCACCGCCGCCGACAACCAGCCGACCGUGACAAUCCAAGUGUUUGAAGGUGAGCGUCCAAUGACAAAGGACAACCACUUGCUCGGCAAAUUUGACCUGAAUGAUAUCCCUCCUGCUCCCCGCGGCGUCCCCCAAAUUGAGGUCAGCUUCGAGAUUGACGUCAACGGCAUCCUGAGAGUGUCGGCCGAAGACAAGGGCACAGGCAACAAAGAGAAGAUCACCAUCACCAACGACCAGAACCGUCUGACGCCCGAGGACAUCGAGCGCAUGAUCAACGACGCCGAGAAAUUCGCCGACGAAGACAAGAAAGUCAAGGAGCGAGUGGAGUCCAGGAACGAACUGGAGAGCUACGCUUACUCCCUCAAGAACCAAAUCAAGGACGAGGAGAAACUGGGCGGCAAACUGUCGGAGGAAGAGAAGGAAACCAUCAGCACAGCUCUAGACGAGCAAAUUGAGUGGCUAGACGCAAACCAAGACGCAGAGAAAGAAGACUUUGAUGCCCACAAAAAGGAAUUGGAAGACAUUGUCACCCCAAUUGUCAGUAAAUUGUACGAGGGAGCAGAGAGAGCAGCUCCCUCUGAGGAGGGUGGUGACGAGGAAGACUAUGACAGGGAUGAAUUAUAAACAGAGCUUAAAGAGCAAGAGACUCUUAUUGAAAACAAAAGAACUGCUUUUAUCAAAAAAUAAAUUAUUUGGGUCUCACAAGUUCUCAUGACAGUAAGAAGGAAGCUAGAGAUGCUACAUCAACAGUACAAGUAUUUAAAGAUGAAUGAAAUUAUCACUGGAGAGGGACGGGUCAGAUAUGUGUGCAGGAAAUUCCUUAUGGUACUGCCUCGAGAUCUUGUGUGUGAAAAGGUCAUUCCGAAUAUUGCGCAGUUCAACAGAAUCCAUUUACACGUGCAGUCAUAUGUAUUCAUACAUGUAUGUUUUUGCUGGCAGUACUUCAGUAUCAGUCCUCAAGUCGGCAGAAAUAAAACACACUGUAAGGUGUAAAUUCUGUUGAAGGAAAUGCAGUAUUAUCUUGAAUGCAAAAUACGGCAUGGCAUGGUUUUAAACUUAAAGCUGUGGGGAGCUGUUAGCUAUUGACAAUUUCAGAAAAACAAAAUCUUCCGUAGGUUGUACAACCCUAUUGGCUUUGCCAUGUGAUGGAAUGACUUUUCUUAAUGCUGUCACACUUUUUUUCUUAAUCCGUGUUUGAAAACGCAAGUGUAAAAAGAUCAAUUUGAACUGUAAUAUGCUUGUCUAAAAAGUUGUUUCGUUGAAUUUUUUGUUCAAAACCAAAUUAUGUUCAAUACUUUUGUUGUGUGGGAAAGUUUCUUGCGUGACAGUUGGUAUUUUGACAACAAUGUUUGUUCAAAUGUUAAAAUUGAAAUACAGAUAAAAGUAUGGGCAAAUUCUCACAUACCUGUGUUUAACUUGACCAGAUUUUUUGACAUACUUUUGCAUUGCCCAAAUUUAUGUUGAAGUUAUGGUACCGUUAGUCUAUUCGAGCAAAUCUGCUGAUUAAUUAUGCAAAGACAACCGCACCUCGACCUCUAGAUUUUGACCAAUCAGGGGGCGCUUUCUCUAUUGGGUCUUCUGUCAUUCACCUGUUGUCGGGUCAUAGACAUGGAUAAAAAAAAACACCUAUUGAUAGAUUCGGCAACAAAGGCUGUGUCACGCGCUAUGUAUUAUGCUGGUUAAGCGAUACGCGCCCGGCUGUUGUAUUACUGAAUUGACCAAUCACACGUUUAGUCCUGAUUUGGGGAAUGAAAUGACGGCACUAUUUAGUAAAGUCAACUCUGAUUGGCUGAGGUGCGAGAUUGCAUAAAUCUGCAUGCUUUGACAUAUCAGACGUUAUACAGGAGACUUAGCUCCGUGGAUAACGGGUGAUACUCGGACUAUGGUACCAGCCGCUUGCCUCCCAAUCAUAAACCAUGAUCAAACUUGAAUGCGAGAAACAUGGUUUGAUGAGAAAGGCAUGUUAUUUACAUGGACAUAAUGUACUAAACUUAACCUUUACACACCUAGAACAAGGGUUUCAAUGUGCCCUUCACACAUCAUAGAUGUCAACUAUAGCUUUGUAAAUGUUUUGCUUUAGGAACAAGUUUUCCCUUUCCAUACUCACUUGUGUCUUUGAUAUCGUUCGAGUAGUUUUCAUUUUGGUUCGUAUUUUGCAAUCUUCAGGUAAAGUUUCCAUUAAAAUGAAUAAAUUUUACAAUUACUUGA